GUGGGCCCGGUGGGCGCCAUUCCUCUACUAGUUGCCGACACUCCGCAGCUGCACAGCCGCCGCCGCUGCCGCCGCCGCCGCUGAACACACGCUUCACCCACGAGCGGAGAGAUAGAGUCGCAACCACCGGUCGUUCUUACCGGAACGCAUCCGACGAAUAAUCCGCAUCCAGUUGCGUCCAGUGCGCGGGACCGACGACGGAACUCGUCGCGUUUAUCCGACCGCUCGGUUUCGACGAGAGUCGAGAGAAAGAAAGAAAGACAGAAAGAAGAAGAGAAAAAACGAAAAGAAAAGAAAAGCGCUGAGAUCGUUCGUCGGGCGUGCAGCCGAUAUAAAAAAAAAAACAAAAGCUCCCGAGUCGUAACGCGAGUACCGCGAUCGGCGAGUGGGGUUGUUUUGUCGGGGGGUGGGAGGGGAAGGAGGACCCGUUUCGAAAUCCCGCGCUUUUCUCGUUACGUCGAUCGUCGAGCUACGGGGUGGAUAUUAUACGCGACGCUCGGGAAUGGAAGGAUACUCCAUCCCUUAGCGAGGUCGUUCCGAGGCCCGCCCCCCCCUCCCCCGUUGUCGCGUAGUUUCCUUCGUCCGAUCGACGGAUGCGGAUAUCGAAGGAGUAGAAGGGCGUAUCCCGGCUCGGAGCCCGCGAUCAACCGCGCUCUGUGUUCCGGUUUGUUCCUCCGAGGAAUCUGAUCGUAUAAACCGAGCGAUCCCGAUUUCGCCCGGUGGUGCUUAAGUGCGCGCAGUACAGAGGAGAUCCGAGUGUGCGAUACGUGCGAAACGUGCGAAACGUGGGGUAAAACGCGCGCCGAUACGAAGCGGCCGUUCCGGACGCGAUUUCGGCACCGCACGUGCGCGUCGCGGUCGAAUCCCGCAAUCGCAAGGAUUCCGAGGUACCGGAAGGAGCUUGGAAGAUCGUCGAUUGGAUACAUACAGGGUACGCGGUCGUCGUUCCCGCAUUCUUCGCCACCUCAUUCGUCCUUUACCUCCGAUGAAGUUUGACACCGCGACCUUCGCACUUCUAACGUCGUCCUCGUCGUUUUCGCGGUUGUCGAAAAAAAUCGCAUCUCAUUGACCCUCCCCCCUCCCUGGAGACCGAGGGAAGGACCUCGAGGAUCGAUCUGUUGAAGCGGAUUGUAAGAAAAGGAGCGAUUAAGAUGGAUCACGCGGGUGCGGGGAGAACGGUGUUGAUCCUGACGGCGGUUUGUUGUUUGGCGAGGUGCUGCGGCAGCAGUUUACUCGGUGUUGAUAUCGACGAUGCGGGUGAAGAAUUUUUGAACGAGUACCUGUCGUUGGACGAGAGCAGGUACCUAGCCGAACUCCAGGAGUUCCAGGACACCGCCAUAGAGAUCGACUUGAUCGACAACAAGCGGCACAGGCACCCCCACCAGGAGCCGAGGGUGCUCUAUCAAGUCGGGGAGAGCGAACAAGAAUUACCGGAGUGUUCGGACAGGAGCGAGGUAUGCAGCAAAGUGGACCUCUACGGUGUUCCAUGGGUGGAGAGGCAGUGCAGAUGUCCAGGCGGAAGGACAUGCCCGAGUACUCUGCACGCCGACGACGGUCACACAAUCGUCGAUAAGACGCGGCAGUACAAAUUGUGCGAACCCGUUAAACGGCUGCCGAUUUGUCGGUAUUUCAAGGACGUCACCUGGACGCUCGCGCCUGGCGGUGGUCCUGGAAACGCGACGGUGCAACGCGUUCAUUGUCGAUGUCGUCCCGGGAGCGUUCCUUAUCUGGUGAGAAGGCAGCAGCACGUCUCGCCGGAAGGGAAUCAAGGAUUCAUUUACGCCUUCGCUUGUUCACCGCAAAGUAGAUUGCGCUGCCAGCACAAGGAACCCUGUCGUUUGUUCACCGUGCGCAAGAGACGGAGUUCCCAAUUGGAGGAGGUGAACGCUUCGCCUCUGUGCCAAUGUCCGAAGGGUCACAGGUGUCCGAGACGUCAUACGGAUCCUGGUUCUCUGCCGGCCCGUUCUUAUUCCGGUAUAUUAGAGAUAAAAACCUACAGCGGAUAUUGCGUACCCUCACAUCAUUCCGAACCAGUUUACACACUGUGAGAAAUUUCGAUUAUUUCUAUUAUACAUACCGAUGACCAACAGACGCGGAUCAAUCAUGCUAAGAUUACCUGAAAUCGAUAGUUGUAGCAAAUAGGGUAUCCUUUUUUUUUUUUUUUUUUCACUUAUCCUCCAUUAUUAUUAUUAUUAUUAUUAUUAUUAUUUUUUGAUUGUUUUAAUUAAUAUUAUUAUCUAUUAUCUAUUAUUUGUUUUUAUUUUUAGUCAAGUAAGUCGAAGCCUUUUGAAGGUCUGUCAUACAUACGAAAUAGUAUUAAAACCAAGUUAUAUAGUUGAAUAGUUGAGAUUAAAGUUGUUUCAAAAAAAAAGAAAACGAGAAGAAAAAAAAUGAAAAAAAAAAAAAAGAAAAUUGACAAAGAUGCAGGUAAAUAAUCGCAAAUAAUUCCCGCGUCACGCGUAUCUUCCGUUAUUUUAUAUCAUUAUUAUUAUAACAUAUUGUAUCGUUAUAGAUAAUAUUAUUCGAUCGUAUAUGUAUAUGAAAUAAGUUUUUUUUUUAUUUUAUUUUUUUCUAAUUUAAAAGAUUUUUUUUUUUUCUUCUUUUAAUUAAUUUCAUUGAUAUGCGCGGGGCGUAUUUAAGAGUAUUAAUGACAAUUAUGAAUUACAUGUUACGAUUAUGAUUAUCUAUAUAUUAUUAUCUGUAAAUAUAGCAUGUAUAAAUAUAAUAUACUUUACGUUUUUAUUUUCA